UGCAGUGUUUUAAGUGUUUACUAUUUUGAAUGUUGUAUUUUAGCAUGGCCAAUUUAUCUAUUAAUGCCCCUACAUCAGCCGACGCGUGUUUGAGCAUUGUUCACAGUUUACUGUGUCACAGACAAGGGGGAGAAAGUGAGGGAUUUUCUAAGAGGGCUAUCGAAUCUCUUGUAAAGAAACUGAAGGAAAAACGAGACGAACUUGAUUCUCUCAUCACUGCCAUUACCACAAAUGGGGCUCAUCCAACCAAGUGUGUCACAAUACAACGAACGUUAGACGGCCGACUGCAGGUAGCCGGUAGAAAAGGAUUCCCACAUGUAAUUUAUGCUCGAAUUUGGAGAUGGCCCGACUUGCAUAAAAACGAAUUAAAGCACGUUAAAUACUGCCAAUUUGCAUUCGAUUUGAAGUGCGAUUCUGUAUGUGUCAACCCAUAUCAUUACGAAAGGGUUGUUUCUCCUGGUAUUGACUUAUCUGGAUUAACACUACAGUCUGGGUCCUUACCGAUCGUUAAGGACGAAUACACGGCUGGUGCUGCACCCAUAUCCGGUAGCGUUGUAGAAGAUAAUGGAGAAAUGGAAACCUCACAAACCAUUCAACAUCAUCCUCCACAACAAAAUUUCAAUUUUAGCAAUCUUCAACAAAAUUCGGCAGGAAAUACUGCUCUGUACUCUGCACCAAACAGACCUCUAUUAGGACAACCUUCAAUAGUUCCCAAACUUGAACAUGGACUUGACACAUCUCCAAGACCUAACUGGUUACCUACGCAUGUUCAUCCACCUCUUUCUAAUGUAACGACACCAAUUCAUCAACAUACUCCACCAAGCAGCAACCAAGCACUAAAUUUACAUCCACAACAACCACCUGACAACACAGGGCCACCUGUCCACGUUCCCGGACCCCCCCACAAUGCUCAGCGUCAGUUUUUCAACCCUACUUCAAAUCCUGGUCAAUUAACGGACAGAAGCAACCUGGAAACCUCUUCGCUGCCUUUAGGUGGAACCGCACCAGUUGUCACGCACCAAAAUGGUUUUAACCGGCCCCCAAACAAUACUCGCCAAAUUAUAGCUUCGCAACCCACUACUACUGUAGGAGGCAUGUGGACUGGUUCCAACACUUUAACUUACACUCAAUCAAUGAAGCCACCUGACAACAGAUUACAACCGGCUGUUUAUUGGAAUCAUAAUAAUCGAGUUGCCAAUGAUAUGGGCACGACUGGCAGGUUACUUUCAAAUCAACCCGCCCCCGAGUACUGGUGUUCAGUCGCAUACUUCGAAUUGGAUACUCAAGUGGGUGAAACUUUUAAGGUUCCCUCCAGUUGUCGAACUGUGACAGUGGAUGGGUAUGUGGAUCCAUCCGGAGGAAAUCGCUUUUGUCUUGGCGCUCUCAGCAAUGUUCAUCGAACGGAGCAGAGUGAAAAGGCCAGUGUCUACCCUUUUAUCAGGUUACAUAUCGGCAAAGGUGUCCAGUUAGAUUUGAGAGGGGAAGGAGAUGUUUGGUUACUAUGCCUAAGUGAUCAUCCAGUUUUUGUACAGAGUUAUUACUUAGAUAGGGAAGCUGGACGCGCUCCAGGUGACGCGGUCCAUAAGAUUUACCCGUUGGCCUAUAUAAAGGUUUUCGAUUUACGACAGUGCCAUCACCAAAUGACAUCUCAAGCUUCUACUGCUCAGGCAGCAGCUGCCGCUCAAGCUGCUGCAGUUGCUGGCCAUAUUCCGGGCCCACAUUCUGUAGGUGGAAUCGCUCCGGCAGUUAGUUUGUCUUCGGCUGCCGGUAUAGGAGUGGAUGAUUUAAGGCGUCUGUGUAUUUUGCGACUUAGCUUUGUGAAAGGUUGGGGGCCAGAUUAUCCACGGCAAUCCAUAAAAGAAACUCCUUGUUGGAUUGAAGUUCACCUACACAGAGCACUCCAGCUGUUGGAUGAAGUUCUGCACACAAUCCCAAUUGACGGUGCCAGAGGUAAUCUUUAGAGAAGAUUAUAAGAAUAAUGGUGAAACAGAAUCUUCAAAUUGAUAACCAUCUUCCAAGAAAUAUAUGGGGCAACAAUUCCACCUGUUACCAUUCCUUGGAUAAAGUUACGUGAGAGCUGUUUUGGCUGUGAACCUCUACCAGAUAUUAAGUUAGUUCUCUUUUGUCAUAAAUUUUGUGCAAACAUAGUAUGUAACUUAGGAAAAGUUAUAAAUAUAGUUUUUAAUUACUG